AGGCAGCAGCAUCAGCAGCAGCAGCAGCAGCAGCUCCAGUGGAAACGAACCAGAGCAGACGUGAACAUGAACGACAGGAACAAACCGGUGACCCUGAAAAUGAUCCUCUUAGGAAACUCGGGGGUGGGAAAAUCCUCCUUCAUGAAUAGGUAUGUGAAUCACUGCUUCACCAACAUGUACCGGAUCACCAUUGGGACAGACUUCCUCUCCAAAACAAUCACCAUGGAUGGGGACAUGGUCAACCUGCAGAUCUGGGACACGGCGGGCACAGAGAGGUUUCAGUCUCUGGGAAAUUUUCUGUACAGAGAAGCUCACUGCUGCCUGCUGGUGUUUGACGUCACAUCCAGAGACAGUUUCUCCGCCCUGGAGGAGUGGAGGAAGGAGUUUCUGUUCCAGGGAGAGCCUGAGGACCCUGACCACUUCCCCUUCAUCGUGCUGGGCAACAAGACCGACCUGAGCGACAGAGAGGUGUCUGGCAUAAAAGCCCAGCAGUGGUGCAGGGAAAUCGGAGCAGAGUAUUUUGAAGGAAGCGCUAAAGCAGAUCUGGAUGUGGAGAAGCCGUUCCUGACAGCGGCUCGGAGCGGCCUACAGCAGUACAAAAAACACACAUUGGAAAAUACAGGACAUUUCCAGAUAACCUGCGAACAGCCGAGAGAAACUCGCAACGCCUGUGAGUGCUGAGACAGCGCUCGUCCCCGAGAAGCCGGGGAGAGGGGGGGAAAGUUCAGAGAGACCUCGGCACUGCUGAUGAUGACCUAUCUAACGAGGGUGCAAAAAUAGUGACCCAGCAAAGGUACUGUGGAAGGAAAAGGACACAAUUGUAUACCACAUGGAGAGAGGAACAAACUCAGUAAAUGUUUUUUCUUUUUUUUUUUUUAUCUCGAGAACCUUCAGCUUAUGGUCUAACUUAAGGCAUCACUACUAAAAUACACUGCUUUUGCAUGCAUGUCUAGUUUUUGUUCAACAGACACACCGACACACACAAAAAUUAUGAAUGCAUAUGAAGAGAGUUUUUGAGAAAGAAACAAAUUGGGAGAGAGCACAAAACGAGAGAGACCGAGGCACCGGCCGGAGAAAAAAGGCAGCAAAGCGGAAAACCUCGGAUCUUCCUGACCUUUUACCGUGACAAAGUAGAUAUAGAGUCCUGCAACGCUCCCUGUACAGAUCCUCGUGUUGUAAUGAACCUAGCAGUGAUUCAGACUCCUACAGUGAAUCAGCUCGACAGAAGCAAACCAUCAGGGAGACUAUAUAUAUUUAUAUAUAUAGAUAUAUAUUUGUUUCUUUUAUAAGUAAAGACAAAAAAAGGCAAUCGAGAUGACCGACAUGUAAAAACAGUUUGUUACAGGUAAUUAUAUAAAAGGCCAAGAUGAUGAAUUUUUUUUUUGUUUGUUUUAUUCUUGCUCUAUGAACGAACUAAUUUACAAGUGAGUACACUCCGGCUAGGUAAGCUUUUCUUCCCAAAAGACACCCCCAUUUUCCAAAGACACACAAGUUUUACACAUCACAGUUAGCCUGAAUACCAUCUGUAGUCUGAAAUACAGAGCCGUGGAAAGAAAAAAAUAAAAUUAAAAUGAAUUAAAUGGAUUCACAUACAUUAAUAGGGUAGGGGAAAUAUGUCUACUAAUAUAAUUUGCCAUUCUAAAAAAAAAAAAAGAAAGAAAGAAGAGGUGAGACACCACAUUCAUUAGCAUAAAAAAAGAGGGGGAUCAUUUUUUUGUUUAUCAAAGGGGGAAGGUUGGGGGGGGGGGGGUAUGAAAAGAUCUGAUGUUGUCCCUCAUACCUCAUGUUUGGCAAACAAAGCAACACAAGCAUUGAGUAGUAAACAAAGUAAAAUCUCCUCCUCUCCCUGGGUCCACUUCAGAGUUCCCUUCAGUCCUAUAACCUCGGGUUACUUGGAACAAAUACAAAAGUCUUUCUGCAGUUUAUUUACUUUCUGUCAACAACAACAUACAACCGGCUGAAUGAAGAUUUCUUUUAAAAAUAUAGUGGCAACCUCAACACAGCCACCGAUCUUCCCACGAACACAAACUAUGGGGAUGAACAAACAGUUAAAAAAAGUGAUGUUUUUCUUUUUAAAAUGCACACGACAUACACACAGGAGGAAAGAAACAAACAAAAAAAAGCUUAAAAAAUACAAAAAUAAACUACACAAAAGAU